AUUUUAUUCUUCACUUGUGAACAUUAUAACAUACAGUUUGUUAGUCGGUUAUGAUAGUGAAUACGCUUUUUUAUUAAAAUGGAGAGAAAUAGUGCCAAUAAUACAGCUUUAAAAAUAUCUAAUGCCUUUAAAUCAUUUAACAAACACAAAGUGAUCAACAAUUUAAAUUUGAAUGUGCCCACAGGUAUUAUCUAUGGACUUUUGGGACCAAGUGGCUGUGGAAAAACUACUUUAUUAAGUUCAAUAGUAGGAACUCAAAAUUUAGAUGCAGGAACGAUAGAUAUAAAUGCAGAUACCACUUCACAGAUUGGGUUUAUGCCACAGGAGUUACAAUUGGAUAAAUAUUUGACUAUAUACGAUACCCUUAAAUACUAUGGAACUUUGUAUAAUAUGACAGAAAAACAAAUGUUAAGUAGGAUUGAAGAACUAUGUGAAUUUCUUGAAAUUAAUUUUCCUGAUAAACUCAUAAAAGAUUUAAGUGGUGGUCAAUGUAGAAGGGUAUCAAUGGCAGUAAGUUUGAUACACGAUCCACAAAUUAUCAUUUUAGAUGAACCUACAGUUGGACUAGAUCCAAUUUUAAGUCACAAAAUAUGGAAUUAUUUAGUUGAUCUUGUAAAAAAUAAAAAUAAAACAAUUGUUAUCACUACACACUACAUUCAGGAAGCAGCUCAGGCAGAUAUGAUUGGAUUAAUGAGGCAAGGUAAAAUAAUAGAGGAAAUGUCACCUAUUAAAUUUUUGAAAAAAUACAAUACAGAUUCAUUAGAAAUAGCAUUUUUAAAAAUUUGUGAAAAUAUUAGUGAAGAAAAAGAUAUUGUCUCGAGUAAUGAUAUAAAUUUGACUGAUCUGAAAUAUGUACAUCAUGGUUUAGAUAAAAGUCGAAGUUAUAUCACAUUCCACAGAAUCCGGGCGUUAGUAAGGAAAAACUAUUUGAUUUCCUAUAGAGAUUACAUGUAUUUUUUUUUUGCUUAUGUUAUGCCGUUAUAUCAAAUAUUUUUUACGAAUAUGACUAUUGGCAAUCGACUUACGCACAAUACUAUAGCUGUAUCAAACAGCGAAAUAAACAUUUCCAAAUGUAACAACAUUAGCUCAAUUAGUUGUUUGUUCGAUGAUUAUGAUAAUGAUGCGUUGAGUUGCGAUAUAUUAAAUUACUUAAAAUCUCAAGAUUAUAAUAUAGAAUACUUUGAAGACAGCCAUGAAGGAUUGAAAGCAGUUGAUACGGGUUUAGUUUCGGCCUUUAUUAAUUUCCCAAAUAAUUAUACUAACGCUCUACGUCAGUACAUUGUUCGAGAUAAUAGAUUCACAUUGAAUGAAGUUUCUUUGGUUCAUUUUGAUAAUACAAGUGUAUUAUUAAAAAAUCAAAUUGUCUUCGAUUUGUAUCAAGGAGUUUAUGAUGUUAUGAUAAAUGUAACCAGUCGAUGUACUUCCAUCAAAAAUUCAUUCAAAGUUCCAUUAAAUAUUAAAAAACUAUAUGGUGCUAAGGCGAAUAGUCUCAGACAUGUCAUUAUUGGAAAAGAACUCAUUUUUAUGGCUUUUUAUUUUGCAAGUGCUUGCUCAGCAACUUUUAUGCUUUUGGAAAAACUUGAUGGUUUACUAAGUAGAUCAAUGGUAGCAGGUGUAUCUAUAGUAGAAGUUGUAAUAUCAUUACUCCUUGUUCAAUCGAUUGGAUUUACUAUACAAAAUACUUUGUUUGUACUUAUCUCACUAUUUAUUUUCGAAAAUCCAAUUGAGAUAUCAUUUGGAUUGUGGUUAAUACCUUUCUUAUUGACACUCAUCAGUGUGAAUGGUUUUCUAUACGGAUUGAUUGCAUCUGCAGUAUCAACAAAUAGUGUUUCUGUUAUGUUUUUGACAUUUGGAUAUAACCUAUCUGAAGCAUUUAUAGGAGAUUAUAUUUGGCCGUUAAUCUCGCAACCAUGGUAUCUACAAAUAAUUUCUUACAACUUACCUAUUACUGUUUAUGGAAGAUUAAUUACAAAUAUAACCGUAAAAGCACUGCCAUUAAGUCAUCCAAUAAUAUUGAUAGAUUUGACAAAAGCUAUUGGACACAUUUUUCUUCAUGUGGGAGCCGCGUUCAUUAUCAAAUAUAUCAAAAAAGAUGCUUGGGUUCUACAGAAUUAAACAAAAAAUUACUGUUUAAAGAUUUUAAGUUUUAUAUGCUAUUGUAACAAUAAUUUUUCAUAUUUUAAAGACUUAUUAUAAUACAUAUAUUGUUAUGAAUUAAACGUUUUUAAAUCA